UACCUUGUUAUGGAUUAUUACUGUGGUGGAGAUUUAUUGACACUAUUAAGUAAAUUUGAAGACCGCCUUCCAGAAGAUAUGGCAAAAUUCUAUAUUACAGAAAUGAUUCUUGCAAUUGAUUGCAUUCAUAAAUUGAAUUAUGUACAUCGAGAUAUCAAACCUGAUAAUGUACUUUUAGAUGCCAAUGGUCAUAUACGUCUUGCUGAUUUUGGUUCUUGCUUAAAACUUCUUGAAGAUGGAACAGUUCAGUCUAAUGUUGCUGUUGGUACACCAGAUUACAUAUCACCGGAAAUUUUAAGAGCUAUGGAAGAUGGUCAAGGGAAAUAUGGACCUGAAUGUGAUUGGUGGUCUCUUGGUGUUUGUAUGUAUGAAAUGUUGUAUGGAGAAACUCCUUUUUAUGCGGAAUCUUUGGUAGAAACAUAUGGCAAAAUUAUGAAUCAUAAGGUUAUUAUUAAUUUUAUUAUCAAAUUAUAUGCUUAA